CCUCUGCUCAGCCAGUUGGUGCUGGGCGCCGUCUUGAGCAGGUGCAUUUGUUAGCUAUCCUUGAUCCUGUGACCUUGAGGCUUUCCUUAUUGUUUUUUGUUGGUGGGACACUGUUAUCGUUGUCAUUGUGACUUAUACUUGUGAUACUGCCGUUUUAUUUGUUGAUUGCUUGUGUGUAUAGCAAUUCAGUAUUGGUGAGACGGAGUGUGGCAAAAAAGGACUAUAAACGCCUGGGUGAACGUCCAAAACUUUCUUAAAUUCCAGACGACGUGACGACAGGUCCCGUCAGCGGAGAAAACUGUCCCAACUCCAACAAUAGGAUGUCCAAAGAAGAUCCUAAAGGGGAUGGACAGAUCAAUCCGGGGUUCCAGGGGGAUUCCUUCGUUCCCAGGGACACCGUUCUGCCCAUGACGGAUAUCGUAGACACGCGCGUGGUCGUGGGCGCGGAGGACAGAUCUUCCCUGGGGGAUGGCCAGACGGCGAACGGAGGUCCGGCGGGAGCGGAGGAGGGGCGGCCGCAGCGCCAGCAGGAGGAGGAGGAGGAGGAGGGGGACUACGGCAUCCUGACGUUGCUGCCCUUCUAUCCUUGGCUUAAGAAGAGGGUGCGAGCGGGGACGGAGGGCGUGAACACCGGCCUGUGGAUUAAGCGCCUGGUGUUGGCAGUUAUAGCAGCUCUCUAUUUCUGUUAUUUCGUCGCUGUGCUGGCCAUACAUACGACUGCGGAGGAGGGGCGGUACUGGUGUGACGGCGACGGCCUCCUCAUCAUCAUCACCUUCCUGGUCCUCGUCGGCCUCUUCUACUUCCAGAUCCUCAAGCCCUACUUCGGCAGAACCAUCUACAAGAAGGUCCUCAAGCCGAUUGGAAUCCUCUUCGAAAAGGCUUGGCGCUUCAGAGUGUUGCGUCUCGGGGUGUACGUGGGCCUCCUCCUGAUCGUGUUCCUGUUCCUCCUCGUGGACGCCUGGCACGAGACGCAUCGCCUCAUCUCGCUGUUCGGGCUCUUCGUGCUCCUCUUCCUCGGGUUCAUCUUCUCCAAGGCGCCGCGCAAGGUGAGGUGGCGCCACGUGGCCUGGGGAAUGGGGCUGCAGUUCCUUCUGGGAAUCAUCAUCCUGCGCUGGCCGGUGGGGAAGGCCGUGUUCGAGUGCGCGGGCGACAAGGUGUCCGCCUUCCUCGCCUUCACCGACAAGGGCUCUGGCUUCGUCUUCGGCGAUUUGGUGACCAAGCAGUUCGUUUUCGCAUUUAAGGUGUUGUCCGUGAUCCUGUUCUUCAGCUUCUGCAUCCAGAUCCUGUACUACUGGGGCGUGAUGCAGUGGGUCGUCAUCAAGCUAGGCUGGGUCCUGCAGGUCACCGUCGGCACCACCGCCUGCGAGAGUGUCAACGCCGCUGCCAACAUCUUCCUCGGACAGACCGAAGCCCCCCUGCUGAUCAAACCGUACCUGUCACUGAUGACCGAGUCGGAGCUGCACGCUGUCAUGACGGGCGGCUUCGCGACCAUCGCCGGCUCCGUCCUGGCCGCCUACAUCUCCUUCGGCGUCGACCCCGCCCAUCUCCUGUCCGCCUCCGUCAUGAGCGCCCCCGCCGCCCUCGCCUUCUCCAAGCUCUUCUAUCCCGAGACGAAGGUGUCGAGAACGGGCGUCAAAGAUAUCAAGAUCGAAAAAGGAGAGGAGACCAACUGGCUGCACGCCGCUAUGAUCGGCGUGACCAACGCCAUCCCGCUCGUGGCCAACAUCGCCGCCAACCUCAUCGCCUUCUACGCCUUCAUCGCCUUCUGCAACGGCGUCUUCGACUGGACCUGCACUCUGGCUGGGGCGGCGGAGGGCACGUGUUCUCUGGAGUCCCUGUUCGGGUGGAUCUUCAUGCCGCUGGCGUGGGUGAUGGGCGUGGAUUGGGCGGAGUGCGAGAAGGUGGGCGAACUGAUCGGAAUCAAGUCCAUCGCGAACGAGUUCUUAGCGUACCAGAGGCUCUCCGAAAUGAAGAAGAACGGAGAUCUGUCGAAACGCGCCGAGAUCAUCGCCACGUACGCCCUGUGCGGCUUCAGCAACCUCAGCUCCAUCGGCAUCAACCUGGGCGGCUUCAGCGCCAUGGCCCCCGACAGGAAGGCCGACCUGGCCAAGGUCGUCGUGAGGGCCAUGAUUGCCGGAAGCGCGGCCUGCUUCCUCACUGCCUGCGUGGCCGGUACUUUGCUGAGCGAUGACGCGUACGGCGGCGCUGCAGCGGCCAUCAACGGAACUCAAGCGGCGUUCACGUAAUUCUAGUGUUGUUUGGUCUCCUUUAACAUGGAAAAGCUGGCGUUAUGUAGCAUGCACCGUAGCCGUGUCUUCAGUCCUAGCAAUACUUGUACAAAGAAUGGUAUUGUAUGGAUAGUGUUUGUGGUGCCUAUGUAAAGAACAACAAAGGCAAAUUGCACUAUGGAUCUAUGCAGGAUAUUUGCAGAACCGAUCGCAAUGUUAAGUUAAGUGUAAACAAAAAGAACGAGAAUGCUCUUAAGACUUUUUGGACGCCAUUUUAUGACUGUGCCAAGUUCACAUUAGAGGGUUUUACAAGUUUGCUAGUCGACUGUUCUGUUCUUCCUCAGUAUGAAAAAGAAAUGAGUAUGUGGGUUUUCAUUUGGGGUUUUAAACAGAAUUGUAUUAAUUAUGCACUUAGAUUUUUUUAAAAUCUGAUAUUCACAUACAGUUGAUUAACAUGUGGAAUUUAGUAUUGAAAUGCAGAUACUUUUUCACAUUUUGUACAGUUUGAAAAAUGAGUUCAGGUUUGUACAUAUGUAUAUCUUUUCAUAAGAAAAGCAUAUAUCAGUAUUUUCUUAAGUGCAGAUUUGGUUGCACAGUUGUAUGCAUUCCGAUUUUAUACAUUCCAUUAGAGACAUUUUUAGAGUAUUCAUUUAAAUACGAAUAUAUUCAAUAUCUUUAAGAUCUAUGGUUUCCAGCCAGUGGGUACUGAAGCCUCGAAAAAAAUGUUGGUCAGUUUGCUAGGCGUUCGUCUGUGUCCAUAAUAAGAAUGUACUUUUAAACCAUGUCUUCAACAAGGAAUGUAUUAUUGGGUGGAUGAAGACUGCUGAAUAUUUUUCUCUUCGUCUAAAAAUAUUCAAUGAAAGGGUUGUGAACCACUAUUUGAUAUAUCGUGUAAAUAUUUUGAGACUAGGAAUCUUAAUUUUGGAAUAAAUCACUUGUUAUACGUGAUAUAGUAAUGUGUAAAGAUAUUACUGAUAUAUAUAGUUAUAUAUUUUAAUUUAUAUUGCGUUUAUUAUGGCUGUUUCAUUAUAGGAUUUUAUUUCAUGAAUGAACUGGAUUACUUGCCAAGUUCCUGUGUUUGAUUGCCGUCAGUCUUUGCACAGUAUUUCACUUUUAUUUUGGACUUAUUUUAUCUAUUGUCAGUCUCCAAUCCUCAUUUUUUUCAUGCAUCCGUCCGUAUGUACAACUUUUUAUGUAUUAUGUAUAGUACUGUAUAAAGUACUGUAUAAUCGCUUGCUUUGUCACACGAAAUAUAAUAGGUACAGAUUCUCAACUACAGUUUUUAUUUAGAAAUUUACAUAUCAUUACUAAUGCUCAAGUGUACGAGUAGAGAUAGUAAGAUGUACAGCUACGCAGAAAAAUAUUUUAAGACAAUCUUGCUAAAGAUUCUGACACCAGCAACAAUACUUUUUGAAAUAUAGUUGUUAACGGUACGAGACUGUUGGUAUCGCUGUUUUUUCCAACUAUUGGGUAUGCGUGGCUUGUAUAAAUAUUGCAAGGCAUAUUCAAUCCCAUACGGGAAUGAAAUGAUCAUAUCACAGUGAAUCCAUAUGAAUUACAGAAUGACAAUUCGAGACAUGAAUUAGAACGAGGCAUUCGAAACUCAAAAUACCAACCCCUCCGUAACAUAAGAUCCUCUGUUCAAUAUUGAAUGUUUCGACACCCCUACUCACGAUACUUUUCUGCCAAGCUGUGCAUCUGUAACUUGUGCAUUUUAUUAAUAAUCAGUAUAGUAUGCAAUGAAUUCUGAAAUAGGCCUUAGGGUAACGAAGCAAAUAGAUAAUUAGACAGUUUUUAAUUGUAUAAAAAAUGGUGCAGAACGACCAUGUAUAUAGAAAAUUGAACUCCAACAGUCGUGGGUUGUGUAUAUACAACUUCGUCGAAGUUUAGUGAAGUCCUCCGUUUUUUUACCUUGAACUCAGCUGUUCGAUUUGUAACUCGUGUUAACAGAUAAGAAUUAUUGUAAAUAAUAUAUUUAUAUACUGAUUGUUCCUGAAUAAUAAAAACCAUGAUCACUGAUAAA